AACGGAAAUGCGUCAAUUUCAAACAACAAAUCGUACAUGUAGCUCCAGCCCAAAGUGUAACCAUUUUAGCACUUUUUAUCAAGGAAAUCGGCUUUCCUAAUCCAGAAUAACGAUGGCUUAUCUGUCGUGUAGUUGGUAUGUGUUCUUUUUUGGUUUUCCCCUUGCUGUCAGCCAAAGUAUCAGUGGUGAUGGUAUUUGUAUGCCCCCGAAUAGCUCUUUUAUUAGAUGCUGUAUAGGAUAUUAUCUUAAAGAAAAUCAAUGUUUAGAGUGUGAGCCAGGUUACACAGGUGAGAACUGCUCAUGGACCUGUCCAUCUGGAUACUAUGGACGUCUGUGUAACGAACGUUGUGCCUGUUCCCCGUAUGAAUACUGUGAUCCUACAAGAGGGUGUCUGUGUAACUCGACCAGUGCAAAUUGUACCGAUGCAGAGCAAACAGAGCAGACGACGGUCAAUAGAGGGACAGUUGUAAAAUCCCAGUCAAAUCACUCUGAUCAAAAUAGAGAAUUCAUUAUGAAUACUGUCCUUCCUUUGUUGAUAUCAAUGAUCGCCUGUUUGUUCAUUGGCUCAGUUUGUAUCAGGAUACGGUAUGUAAUUAUAAAGAAGAAAAGAAAAGAUUUACAUCCCACAAACAAUGCCACGGAUCUCCACACAAGAAACCAGUGUCCGCAAAAUGAAGAAAAUGGGCUGAGUGUUGUGGCAUCACCCGAAGUCUACAAUCACUUAAACCUUCGAGUAAAUUAUCAUAACAUAUCUCACUACUACAUGGAUAGCAUGGCUACUGGUGAAGACCCACCUGCCUGUCACGGGUUGUCCUCUACUGACCACUCACAACCGGAGGAAAUACGUAUCAACUGGAAUCUACUGCGUAACGACGAUAAAAGAAACCCUGAUAUGCUUGAUAAAUGUUCAAAAAAGAAAGGUUUUGGGGAUAGAGUUCAUAAUUACACCAAAAAUGAACAAUUAGAUAUAUAUUCAACUCCAAACAAAGGUGUAAAAAUGAAGCAACCAAAUGCCUUUUCGAAGCAAAGACAACAGAAAAACUGUUGCAAAACUGUGAAAUUCAAAACCACAGACACUUGUCAAGCUGCAGCCGUUCGUAAGACCGAUUCACAACCAAACCAAACGGAAAAAUCUUCAAUAUCGACACAUGGUGAAGAUCUGUACGCGAACAAUAAUAGCCUAGCAUAUGAUAACAACUGUUUUAGACCAGAGAGCCCAAUGGACCAAGAGGAUUCUGAUGAUUACUUUGACGUCAGCUACGACGGAUAUUUGGCAAUGUCUUCAAGCAAAAAUAACACUCCUGGUCAUACAAAGUCAGCUUCCUCUGAAACUGAUUUUGAUAUGUCGGAUUAUGUAAACACUGAUGGUUUAGACUCGUAUCGCUGAUGUAUUAUAACGCAUAGCAAAGACCA